UGGUGGCAGAACUGUUCAUUGGCUUCCCAAUUUAUCCCGGCAACAUGGAGUACGAUAUGCUGCGAUAUAUCCUGGAGACCAAUGGGAACCUCCCUGUUGAAAUGCUCGACCGCGGCAUGAAAACCCAUUUGUUUUUCAACAAAGGAUCGAUCUGGAGACUCAAGUCGGCACGGCAAUAUGAGGAGAGGGAAAGUCUCAGGCCGCCCCGGACCAGACGGUUCCUAAUCAGCUCGCUGGAGGGGAUGGUCGAACUAGGAACUGUUCUAGGCGGACCCGUUCCGCCCAGCUUCACUGACCUGAUGAAGAGGAUGCUCCGGCUGGAUGCCAACCAGCGCAUCACACCACGUGCACUGCUGGAGCAUCCCUUCAUCAGCCUGGGGAGAGAGAACCAGUCCAACGGCGGCAGCCCUGAGCCCACUGUGGACCCCCUCGACACCAGCAGCCCAGUGUCCAGUGUGGACCCCCCCCGACGGAAGCACUCCUGUGUCCAGUGUGGCCCCCCUGACACCAGCACUCCCGUGUCCAGUGUGGGCCCCCCGGACAACAGCACUCCUGUCUCCAGUGUGGACCCCCCCAACAGCAGCAGCCCUGGGCCAAAUGUGGAGCCCCAAGACAGAAGCAACCCUGUGUCCACUGUGGACCCCCCCAAGAGCUACUGCCCUGAGGGCAGUGUGGACGUGGAGGACACAGUCGACCCCACCGACAGCGGCAAAGGGUACUUGGGCCAUUCACUCUCCACUGCUUCCUUGAUCAACUAA